CGUUUUCCCACAAUCAGGCGAAAACACACAACACCAGAGACCUGUCUCCUGUGUCCCCGGCAUCCAUGAGACACUGCGCUGGGCUGAGAGACACCAUGCUGCCUUGGAGGAGAAGCAAGUUUGUGCUGGUGAAGGAUGAGAAGAAGGGGAAGGGAAUCAGCUACUCCUCUCUCCUCUCCUCUGUCAUGCACUCCUGCCCUGACCUGCUGCCCCACUUCCCCCUGGAGCGCCUGGGCAGCGUCUUCAGCACCAGGAGGCAGAAGGUGGUGCUGAACAGAGAGGACCCAUCCUACACCGUGUGGUACCUGGGCAACGCGGUGACCCUGCAAGCCAAGGGCGAGGGCUGCACGCUGGAGGCCGUCAGCAAGAUCUGGCAGAAGAGCGAGUUUGGGCAGUGCAGCUCCAAGAUGAAGCUCUCGUUGGGGACCUAUGGCAUCAAGAUGACCCCCUGCAGGAGAGGCUCCAGAAAGGCGGUCCAUUCCUACGCACUUCACCGCAUCACCUACUGUGUGGCUGGCACGGGGCACCUCAAGGUCUUCUCCUGGGUCUACAGGCACCAGAUUAAGAACAAGGCAGUGGUACUGAGGUGCCACGCUGUGCUGGUCUCCACGGCUGAAAAGGCGAAAGCCAUGGCAUGUACCCUCUGCCAGACCUCCCUGGCCGCCUUCAAUGAGUUCAAGAGGCUAAAGAGGCAAAGUGACUUCAGGAGGGGGCAGCAGGAACUCCUGGGGGAACUGGUCGUCCCCAUGAUACCGCUCAGAAGGCUCCUGAACGGGACAUGCUCCUACAACCCUCCGGCAGAGAGAGUUCGGAGCGCCCCCAGGCUCAGCCCCAUCUUAGAGGAAGAGGAAGGCGGCGAGGAAGAGUGGAAAGGCUCCCAGGAGAUUCUCAUGCACGUCCGGGGUCAGGUGGGCGCACAGCGCCAUGAAAGAGACACGGUCCUGGAACUGGCGCAGGAGCUCAGGAGACUGAGCGUCCAGAGAGCUUUGUCCAAAACCCACAGUCCCGCGCUUCCCCCGCAGCUGUGCGCCUGGAAGUGUCAUAUCAGAACUAUCUGCUGACCGUCCGGCUGGGGUCACUCCAAAGCCAGCUUCUCAGACUAACUGGGGGUGCCGCUCCGCAGGACUGGCAAAUGGCAGCACAAAUAUUGGGGGUGCCCAAGCACCUGCAGAGUUCACCCCAACGGCCCCCCCUUACCCCGUGCUCCAAGCAGAAGACUGGGAGAUUGGGAUUUGGCCGCUGGCUCUCUGUAUCAGGGACAUAGCUGCGAGUCACUAACACCUGGUGCUGAAGAUGCUGCAGAACAUCUUGGACAGUAUACCUGACAAUCAUUGCCACAGCCAUAAUUAAACAGCAAAAAAAAAGGUCUGAUUAAGAUUUGGGACCGAAGCAAAAAAGAGAAAG